ACGCGUUCAAUUUGCUUUCGCGGAAUGGAAUCAAGUAAAAGGAAAAUCUCGCAAGUCGAUGGUACGGCUGGGUCCGUAGACAAAGAAAACAAAAAGAAAACCACUGCUUCUCCGGCACGGCAGUCAUCACUCUUGUCAAUGUGGGGAGCUAAAUCUACAACAGACAAAGCGGUAUCUUCGCUAGCUGUCGCGAAAGCUGCGCCCAUUAAUAAAUCUGAUCUCGAGAAGGAUUUGACAGAGGAGCAAAAGACCCUUCUGAAGCUCGAGCUCGAAACUCUUAACCCGGAAUGGCUGCGAAUCCUCAAACCCGAGCUUACGAAACCUUCUUUCUUAAAGCUCAAAUCUUUCUUGGAAAACGAGAAAAAGCAAGGAAACAAAAUAUUUCCACCUGAAAACGACAUCUACAGCUGGUCAAACUUUACUCCCGCUUCCAAAGUGAAGGUUGUAAUAUUAGGGCAGGAUCCUUACCACGGAGAUGGACAAGCGCACGGCCUUUGCUUUUCAGUCAAAAAGGGGGUUCGAGUGCCUCCUUCUCUAGUCAACAUAUAUACCUGUGUAAAAAAUGAUUACCCAGAUUUCAACAAGCCAAACCAUGGCUAUCUCGAAAACUGGGCAAAAGAAGGGGUGUUAUUGCUAAACACAUCCUUAACUGUCAAAGCUCAUGAGGCUGCAAGUCACGCAAACAAAGGAUGGGAGGAAUUGACAGAUGCCGUGAUCAACUAUGUAAAUGAAAAGAAAAGCGGAGUAGUCUUUAUGCUUUGGGGUGCACACGCUCAGAAGAAAGGUGCCAAAAUCAACAAAUCGAAACACUUGGUUUUGAAAGCCGUCCACCCUUCGCCUCUCUCUGCACAUCGAGGCUUCUUGCAGUGCAACCAUUUUGCGACUGCAAACAAGUACCUGCGAGAUAACGCAAAGGAUGAGAUUAAUUGGAACUGUUUGACAUAAUGGAUGUUGCUUGUAGUUGGAGUUAUCUUUCAUCCACUAUUGCUAAGAAGCAACUUUACCGAAAAUAAAGUCAUUAACUACCGCACAGCACUCUAAAUGAAAAUCUAAGCCA